AUGACUUAUACAAUUGCUAUGGGAGGUUUUAUGUUUGGAUAUGAUACUGGAGUCAUAAGUAGUGCUAUGUUAUUACUUGAAAAGGAUUUUUUUAUGACAGCUCUUCAGAAAGGAUUUGUCGUUGGUGCUACAACAUUUGGUGCCUUUAUUGGUGGAAUUGGUUCAGGUUCAUUGUCAGAUUUCUCGGGGAGACGUAUUACUUUAAUAAUUUCAUCAAUAAUAUUUAUUGUUGGAGCAAUUAUUUUAGCUCUUGCUUCAAGUUAUGAAUUAUUAAUAAUUGGAAGAUUAAUAGUUGGAAUAGCAGUGGGUAUUACCUCACAAGGAGUACCAGUUUAUAUAAGCGAAAUUUCACCUAGAUUUCAUCGUGGUCAUUUAGUCACGAUGAAUGUAUUAAUGUGUACAGGGGGGCAAUUCUUUUCUUAUUUGAUUGCUACAUUCUUGGUAUUUCCAGGAGGUUUAUUCUUUGUUCCAGAGAGUCCACGUUAUCUAGUACUUAAAGAGAAAAAUGAACAAGCUAAAAAUGUAUUAUCUAAAAUUUAUCCUGACGUAAAUCAAAAUUUCUUGGAUGAAGAAAUUCAAGUAAUUAAUGAAUCAAUAGAAACUGAUUAUUCUGGAUCUUAUAAACAAUUAAUUAAACAUCCAAAUCUUAGACCACUUAUAAUUUGUUGUGGAUUACAAUUAUUUCAGCAACUCUCAGGAUUUGAUACUGCCAUGUAUUAUGGUGCCACUAUAAUGAAAAUGGCAGGAUUUAGUUCUAUUAGAGAUGCAAUAGUUUUCUCUAUUUUUGUUUCAUGUACAAAUUUCUUUAUGACAGUCGUAGCACUUUUUAUAAUUGAUAAAUUGGGAAGACGUAAAAUAUUACUUUAUACAAUUAUUGGCACAGUAAUUGGUUUAAUAAUUUUAGGUAUAGGAUUUAUGCUUAUCACUGGUCUUACUGUUAAACAAGAUCAAUGUGUAGAUUAUGGAAUCAAUUGUGGAUCAUGUGUAAUUGAUGAAAGAUGUGGCUUUAGUAUUGAUGAAGGAACUUGCGUUAGUAGAAAACAAAGUUUUACAUUAACAGAUCAAUUUUAUAAUAAAUGUCCCAAUUUGGAUUGGAAGGGAAGUACAUUUACUUUGGCUAGUUUAGUAUUCUUUGUUAUGGCAUAUGCAUUAGGUUUAGGGCAUACACCUUGGACUCUACAAAGUGAAUUAUUUCCUUUAAAUGUAAGAGGUAGAGCUACUGGAAUUGCAACAGCCACCAAUUGGAUGACUAAUUUAAUAGUUUCAAUAACUUUUUUGCCGUUAACUGAAAUGAUUACUAUUUCUGGAACAUUUUGGAUGUAUUCAGGGUUUAUGGUAAUUGGUUGGAUAUUUGUUUUCAACCUAGUACCUGAAACUUGUGGUAAAUCUUUAGAAGAAAUUCAAGGAAUGUUUUUAUAA